AUGGGCGCUCACUGCCUCUUUGGCUCGCGUUUGUCUUUGCGGUUUGGGCCUCUUAGGGUUACCAUGGAAGUAGCAGCAUCUGCCGAGCGCAAACUCCACCCACCGCCACCUUGCGCCAUCGCUACUGUCCAGCAGGUCGCUGCUGAUUUGGAUGGCUGCCAGUAUCUAGAAAAAGGACCCUGA